AUGUUUAUCAUAAGAUACGUAGUGCGCGUCGGCGAGUUGGAUUUAGCGAGCGAAACCGAAGGUGCAACCCCCGUUGAUGUCCUCAUCAAGACCAAAAUCAAGCACGAGGACUACAACGCCAAAGCGUUCACCAACGACAUCGCACUUCUCGUACUGCAAAACGACGUACAAUUCACUGAUCUCAUAAAGCCUAUCUGCAUUCCCACGGACAACAAGUUGCGAUCCACAAGCUUCGAGGACUACAAUCCCUUUAUUGCCGGAUGGGGAGACCUGGAAUUCCGUGGACCGAAAGCGACACGCCUGCAAGUGCUGCAGCUGCCAGUAGUAUCCAACGACUUCUGCAAACAAGCGUAUACUGCGUACAAGGCGCAGGUCAUAGAUAACAGAGUGCUGUGCGCUGGCUUCAAGAAGGGAGGCAAGGACUCCUGCCAGGGUGACAGCGGAGGGCCCUUGAUGCAGCCUAUCUAUAACUUCGAAACCACGAAAACCUAUUUCUACCAAAUCGGCGUUGUGUCGUUCGGCAAGAAGUGUGCAGAGCCCGGCUUCCCAGGGGUCUACUCGAGGGUCACUAGCUUCGUGCCCUGGCUGCAGAAGAACGUGCUCGGAGUUUAGACAGGACAAACAGGCACAAAAAAUACUAGAACUCCAAUAAAAUUAUACUUAAGGUGGCAUUUCGCUAGCCCGAAAGGAUAAGGCAAGUCAACGCAACGCUUUGGACAGGAGAGCAUAUAUAACAUCCUUUUAUACUCACCCUAAAAAUAUAUGCAAUAGGCACUGUUAUCCUCUCAGGAGGAAAGGAUUCAAAACUUUGCGACGUGCCUUAAAUACGGGUAGCUGGGCGCACAUCCCUUGCAAUACUGUGUUAUUAAUAAUAUAGGUUUCUUGACCUACAGAAUUGGGCAUCUUACGUUAUUUAGAUUAAAUUUGUCUUCAAGAUGAGUGCGGCUGCUAAUAGUUAUUACUUCUUAUGGACUGCUGGCUUUAUACGGUUACUCGUAUCUAAGCUCAAACGUGAAGGGAAUAUUUAUUGUGUUUUAUAAGUAAACUAUAUUUUUAAACGAGUGUACCCCCUGGAUGGCGAUAACUGAUUAUAAUGUCUAAAUACUUUGUGGGUAAACCUUGUUUUUAUUUAUAUAAAUAAAUCAAUAAAAAUAAAUAUACUCCCUAACAGGUUAGCCCGCUAACAUAUUAGACUGCAUCAUCACUCACCCAAGGUGAGAUUGCAGACUAACGAUGUGAGGCAUUACGUAACGCUAAUAUGUUAUUUAAUGUUCGAUUUUUACAUAGGAAACCCCUUUGUCGGCUCCGCGGAGGUGCUGCGUCACGCGAAUAUAAUGUGCCGAAACGAAGGCCUUUUUUGCCUUUUUUACUUUUAUUUUGUCGGUCAAGUUUUUUUUUAAGAAAAUUGUAACAAGCAAACGAAAAACACAGCCAUAGAACCCCUUACCCGGAAUACUUUAACGCCUAAUAGUAUUAAAUUACGCCUUCCUUUAAGUACCAUAGUUUGUUAUUUGUCAUUCGGCUUAGUCAAAUGCCACCUUAACUAGUGAUAUUGAAAACUCAUUAGCUGUAAGAUUAGAUAAUUAUGAGGAUGACAAUAAUUUUAUAAGAAUGACGUAGGUGCUUAGUUAUAGACAACCUACAAUAAUAGAAUAGUUUUAGUAUGACGAUCAGGGGGUAACUGCCAUCGUAAACAGCAGUAUUGUUUUAAUAUUGUUGACGUUUUUGUUUCCGAAUAUUUAUAU